UUGCUCAAUGGAUACAUAGCUCCUAAGAUUGCCAAGUUAGUGAUUGGAGCUAUAGAGCAAAUGGGGACGUGUGUUUCUUUGCUAUUACGUUGAUAUGAUACAUAGGGAGAGCUGGUAGUUCUAGUUAUUGCGUGGAUUGAACACCCUUUUCCGAAUUCAGCUGACGGAUCAUGUUAGUUUUUGUAAGAAAUUCGAAACAGCAAAGAGCAGAAAUUGUAUGUAGAUAUAUGUUCGGGCAGGUAUACCUUUCGUCUCUAAAUUGUAUGCAGAAAUUGUUUGGACUUGGGGAGCAUGGUGAUGCUGUAUCUCGUCAACUGAUUCUUACAAAAGUUUCAGUGGCUGAAAGACGGCCAGAGGACUAUGAAGCUGUUAUGGUUCGACCCUUAUCUGCAGUAAAUGCCCUUGUUCGGUUUACUGGGGAGCCCCAGAUGUUUGCAAUUGAGUUCAAUGAUGGAUGCCCCAUCCAUGUAUAUAUACAAGCACCUCUGGUGAUAGCUUACUUGGGGCAGUUCGUGAUUUGUUGCAAACAGAAGGUCAAUAUGCUGUGACUGUGUUACCAAGACUGACGAUGCCUGGCCAUCGCAUUGUUCCACCUUGGGGCAGAGUUAAUUUACAAUUUGAAAUUCAACGGCCUAUUGCAGAUAUGGAGAUCGCAUCCAUGCAUUUGAAGCACUUAGCAGCAGCUGCCAAAGAUGCAGUUGCUGAAGGUGGUUCCGUUCCGGGAUCAAUGCGAUGAAUAAGAGAGUUCAAUGCAUGUAUACCGUAUAAUGGUGUCCCUCCUAACAUAGAAGUACCUGAGGUGACGUUGAUGGCUUUAAUAACAAUGCUUCGGCUACGCCAAAUCUUCCUCCAGAGUCCCCUCCUUUGCCACCCCCUUCUCCUAAAGCAGCUGCAACAGUCAUGGGAUUUAUUGCUUGCUUACGUAGAUUAUUAGCUUCAAGAACUGCUGCUUCACAUGUCAUGUCUUGCUUACUCCGAGAUGGUUCAGAGGGUGUAGCUGCUGAAGCUGCAUUGCAGUUCUUAUUGGUGGUGGCCCUGGGGAUACAAAUAUAUUGACAGAUUCUAAAGGUGAGCAGCAUGCCACAAUCAUGCACACAAAGUCAGUGUUGUUUGCUCAACAAGGUUACGCCAUUAUACUUGCCAAUAGACUGAACCCUGUGUCUGUAUCACCACUAUUAUCAAUGGCUGUUGUUGAGGUUCUUGAGGCAAAAAUAUGUGAUCCACAUGGUGAGACAACACAAUACCCAGUGUAUGUUGAACUAUUACACCAAGUAGCUGGUUUGAAGCGUCGUCUGUUUGCGUUGUUUGGACAUCCUACUGAGAGUGUUCGGAAAACAGUGGCUGUGAUUAUGCGUACAAUUGCUGAAGAAGAUGCAAUUGUAGCAGAGUCCAUGUGUGAUGCUGCAUUGUGUGAUGGUGCUUUCUUGAGGCAUUUAUUGCAUGCAUUUUUCCUUCCAGCUGGUAAGCGACGUGAGGUUAGUCGACAGCUUGUUGCUCUUUGGGCAGAUUCUUAUCAACCCGCUCUAGAUUUAUUGUCUUAGAGUUUUGCCUCCUGGACUUGUUGCUUAUUUGCACACAAAAUCUGAUGGAGUUCUAUCAGAAGAUUCUAAUCAAGAAGUUUCCUUGACCAGUAGAAGACAGAGACGCUUACUUCAACAGAGGUGAGGUUGUACCGAAGUAUGAGCAACGUCCCAGGCCUUGCCUUCUGCAAAAAAUUAUGACGUGAAUGACCCCAUGACACAAACAAGUAGUGAUGUCUCAAAAGUGUCCAAUAACUAUCAAAGAUCUGCAAUGGAUCCAAAUUCUGGACAGGCUUCGACCAUUCAAUUUUCUGGUGCUCAGACUGGUGAAAACUUGACUGGGGAAGUAUCUUCUACUGGGGAUCUACAAAGCAAUUAUACAUCUUCUCUGGCUUCAGCUGAUGCUCAGUCAACAGGUGGUCAUGCUUCAUUGGCAGGAAAUACUGCAAUCUCAACAGAUUCUCAGCAAAUAUCCAAUCUCACAGAAUUCGGGUCUCCCUUCCCCUGCUCAGGUUGUUGUAGAAAACACUCCUGUGGGAUCUGGCAGGCUUCUGCGUAAUUGGCCUGAAUUCUGGCGAGCAUUAGCCUUGAUCAUAAUUGUGCAGAUUUGAUCUAGAAUCAGCGUACCAAGCAAGAGUUAAGGGAGGCCUUGCAGGCUGAGUUUGGCUCACACUGUAUUUUUAUUUUUAUAUGCUCAGCAUUUUAGUAUUUUUAGUGAGCAACUGCUUUUGAA